UCGUCGCCCGAGCCGGACUCGGAUCCCUUUAAGACCGACCGGGACACCGCGGUGAGAGAAGCGGAGAGGAGGGGGAGAAGAAAGAGGAAUUAAAAAAGAAAAGGAAGAAAGAGAGACAGGGAGGGAGGGAGAGGGAGAGUCAGGGAGAAGAGAGAGAGCGAGCGAGCGAGCGAGCGAGAGAGAGAGAGCGAUAAAAAAAGAAAGAUGACAUCGUGCGAGUGGAGGCGCCGAGGCGGCCGGGCUCAGGCUGCGUCUGCCUCGGCCACGGCGUGAACUCGACACCGAGGCUUCGACACAACACCCGGCGCGGCCUGUUGGUGUGAGGGAGGGGGGGGAAUACAGACCAACAGAGAUUUAUGAAGCGACAACGUUGAUUUUUCAGCUCUGCCAGUCCGCCCGCUUACUUUACUGGCUGAAAGGCUUCAUAAACUCAUAACACCGCGUGUUUGUUUGAUGUGUAAUGUGUGAUGUGAAGGUGUAGAAAUGACGGUACCGAUUUCGUGGGUCGAGAUACUGAAGCCCGUAACGCAGCGCUGUUACUGAGCCGCUGCGGGGAAGUUGAGCAGAACCUCAUUCAGAUCUGAGAUUAAAACAUUUCAUCCAGCCACUCCGGGUUGAAGCGGGGCAGCUCCGUGCUGGUCGGUAAAAGCGCUGUUUUCGCGUGUAUACAGUCAUUUCUGCAGCCAGGGCAGCUGCAGGUUCCCUCCUCAGAGGAUGCUGAGCAGCAGAACCUAAAUCCUCUCCGUUUGGGCUUUUAGUUCGGGGCUGUUUUCACUUCAGAACAAAAUGGAUGCUGCUUGGAGCAACUUUCUCUUCCAGACCACGGCCGGUCAGACCCAGGUGGACGGCAGCCUCCAGUCCGAGCUCCUGCCCCAGAGUCCAGCCGCCGAGCACCUGGUGCCUCCGUCCACUGUGGACACGGCCGCGCUCAACGAGGACCCUGUACCUGUGAAGCCGCCGUCCCGUCCGGCCCGCGUGGCUCACAUCUGCUCCAUCUGCAGCAAGCAGUUCAAGAACAGCUACAACCUGCGGCGCCACCAGUCCGUCCACACCGGCGUCCGGAUGAAGAGCGGCGCCGCGCAGAACCAGGAGGGCGGCGUCAAAGAGGCGGUGGAGCGGCCCACCGUUCCUCUGUCCCUCCUUCAGCUGACCAUGCCCGAGCAGCACGCCCCCACCCUGCAGCCGCCGGCCGUGCUCCCCGACCCCCUCCCGCAGCCCCUGCUCACUCAGGACACCAACGAGUCGGCCAUGGUCAGCAUGGCGUCCACCGUCACGGCCCUGCCUCCUGCCGCGGUGGUCGUCAUGGCAACGGCUGAGCCUGUCCAGCAGCGGCCGGUGAACCCAAACCCUGUGCGUAAGAACCACGCGUGCGAGACGUGCGGGAAGGCCUUCAGGGACGUUUAUCACCUGAACCGCCACCGGCUCUCUCACUCGGACGAGAAGCCCUUCUCCUGCCCCAUCUGCCAGCAGCGCUUCAAGAGGAAAGACCGCAUGAGCCACCACGUCCGCUCCCACCAGGGCGGCGUGGAGAAGCCCUACGUCUGCCCCCACUGCGCCAAGGCCUUCUCACGCCCUGACCAUCUCAACAGCCACGUCAGACAAGUCCAUUCUUCAGAGCGGCCUUUUAAAUGCCCGACGUGCGAGUCGAGUUUUGCCACGAAAGACCGCCUGCGCGCUCACAUGAUCCGGCACGAGGAGAAGGUCCCGUGUCACAUCUGUGGCAAACUGCUGUCUGCCGCUUACAUCACCGAUCACAUGAGGGUGCACAACCAAUCACAGCAUCAUGCCUGCCACCUGUGUAACCGAAGCUUCACCACGCUGACGUAUCUGCGCAUCCACGCUCAGAAGCACCACGGUCAGGAGUGGAAGGAGAGCGGCGGUGGAUUCGGCUCAGCUGGUGCUGGAGGCGUUCUGGUCUGUCAGCUCUGCGGUGUCCACUGCAAAACCCCCACGCAGCUGCAGGGUCACAUGGGCACCCACAACCCGCCACUGAGCGAACCAGUGCCGGUCAGCAGCAGCGCGGACGGAGCGGCAGCCGGCACCGUGACCCUGAGCAACAUGACCCCUGCGCCCACUGUGUUCGUCAGCGGCAACACAGUGGUGGACCUGCUGGUCACCGACUGCUCCUGCAUCGCCCAGCAGCCACAGAGCUAGUAACUGCAGGCUUGUAAUACAAACACAUACACACACUGCCCGUCAAAAGUCUAGAGGCAUCUUAAUGUCUUUUGCAAUUCAUUUUUCACUGUUACUUUGCAGUGAAGUAGGAAAAAAGUACCUGCUACAAGGCUCAUGCCAUGGAAGAUAGAGCUAAAAAAAGGAAAAAAAAACGAUAAGUGGUAUGUAAACAUUUCAGAAUGUACAAUUCAUACACACAAACAAAACUGUAAUAACAGCCUAUUUUUACUUUGUCAUGGUUGUGAUGUCACAGACAUUUAGCCCCACCCAUUCCUGUUGAAGUAAUGCGGAGUGUUGUUCCCGCAGACAGUCUAUUGGAGUGGACGAUGCGGGAAAACGAUUGAACGUUGAGGAUCCACACAUCUGAAAAAGAGAGGAUUUCAAUCUGAAACAUUUGUUCGAUACAUUUCACCAUGGGCUGCUUAUUGAACAAGGCGCAGUCCAGGGCAGCCAAUCAGAACAGAGCUUGAUUGCAUGCAUCAGUCUUAAAUGCACAGUAAAGGAAAACAAUCUGAUUAACUCAAACCCAUAAACAGAAGCUGCAAAUGUUAAUGUAGAAGUGACUUUAUGACUGAUCAAAUCUGCUAAUCCUCUCUGCUUCUUGUUCAUCAGAGUGUCUUUAUGGUAUGAAUAGCAGGUUUUGCCAAAAUAAUCCUUUUUUUUCUAUCUUUCUUUGAAAAGCUAGAUGUUCUUGGGCUUCUGACGGGCAGUGUCCAAUCCCACACAGUCACACGUGCGCUAAGCUAGCGAAGUGUGCGUUAAGUGCGUACCCUGAUGAUACAUAGGACAUGUUUAUAAGAAUGCUAUAUGCUAUAACCCUCGCUCCCACCCACAGAACCACACUACUAGAGCAAAUACUGUGAACAGAGCCAUCAUACAGCUAGCUGAGCAGCACUCACAACAGCGUACACCGACUACGCAGCUACUGUAGCAAAUAAUUGUCACCUCAGUACGACACAUUACGCGCAUACACAUUACGCUUGUCUGUCUCCGCAGCAGACACGCAGCUUAAGGACGUUAUUGUCUCAGAAUUGCCAAGGCAAGAUCGCUGAAAGGCCAGCAUGAGGAGAGUGGAGAUGCCCUGUGUCUCAAAUCGAGAACUCCCGUAGAGGACUAGCUAAUGUAAGUGCAAGUAGUUUAUUUACAAUGGCAGUUAGAUGGCACGUGGCGUAUGUUAUUACCUGGAUAAGGUACUAGAACCACCAGAAAAUGAGGUCUGGAACGUUGCACGCAAUAGCUGCGUCCCAAAAGCUAGGCUGCGGUCAAAGUAGGCUGCAGUUUUAGACCGCUGUGUCACUGAAGGCUGUUCAGUCAAAAGGAUCCUUCAACUACAGCCGAGAACGAAAUACAGCCUACGUUCUGACCAUUUUUAAGGACAUUACCAGAGGUAAAUCCUUCACUGUCCUCUCCCACCUGUAAUCCUUCACAUUUCCUACUAAAAGUAGUUGUAAGCUGUUCAUGUAAGCUGACUUCCAGAAACUGAAGUUGGUUAAGUUAGUUUAUUUGUCAGCUCAGAAAUACAGGGUGAUUCAAAAAGAUUCAUCCGAUUUCACAGCACUGUAUUUUUACUACUGUGAGGCGCCGAGGAACCAAUCACAAUCCAAUUGAAAGAGGGGGUCAUAGAGUUUCUGACUGUCAGUGGAAGAUGGCUCCCUUCAGUCUGAGAGGAGAUGCGACCCCUGAGCAGAAAGCGUUCUGCGUUCUCCACUUCAAUAAGAGUGAAUCCGUCAUAACUGUGCAGUGUGAUUUUCGUGGGCAGUGAAGCUCCAACAGCUCAGAGUGUUCGUUGUUGGUUCCACAACACUGGAUGAUCUCCGAAAUCGCACUGAAAGAGCCGUGAGUGCAGCGACACCCGACACGCUCAAUCCAGUAUGGGAUGAGUUUGACUAUGGUGUUGAUGUUGUCUGUACAGCUGGAGGAGGUUCAUACUGAGACCUUGUACAAUUACAUAAUAAACUUUAUGCUCAUUUAAACCAUUUACAGUUUACUGCAUUGAUCUGUAAUGAUUUACAAGAGAAAUUAAUCAUUUUGAAAUCGGAUGAAUCUUUUUGAAUCACCCUGUAUGAUGGAUUAUCUAAAAUUAUUCCAUUUGCAAGAAGGUCUAUCUAUACUUUACUCAUUGGUUGGCCAGUACUAAAGGUACGUGAGAUACCUAAAGGCCCAAAACAUACUUCACGCAAGAGUGUGAACGCGGACGCUUUGAGCUACGCAGACGGGGUUUCGCGUGUGGUUGCGUUCACAAAUGUGUCACAACACUCCUCUACUGUCCACGUUUAGCUGUGGAGGCUGUUGGAAUAGCAGUAGAGCCUCUCUGAUCUGUCCUCUAGCGCCCCUUCAGUACUGUUUUAACCACCACAGCGACGCAAGAACAGGAGUUUGUGAAGAAGGAUCGAGCGUUUGCGACGUGUUGGCCGAGCUCUGUUAUUUGCGUUCACCUACUUGCGUGAAGUGUGUUUCAGGCCUAAUUGUGCUAAUUGUGUAAAAAGGCCAGUAAAAUAGUAAAAUACGCCCUACUCCGUAUCUACAUCUGUUUAAAAGGUUGGAACUUGAAUUCAGGGUGUGUUUUCAGUGAGUUAAACAGUUUUCAUCUUGCAGGAGCAGCAUUUAAUUACAAAUUAAUGUUUUGCAUCCCAGAUUUUAUUCAUUCUGUCCAUCAUUCACAUUAGCAGUGUUUUCCCCUUCAUGUUUUGAGUGAAGCUGUACAAAGCAGCCUCGGUGGACUCGGUAAUACAGAAGAGGAGCUUUCAUUGGACAGUUCCCGCUGCCACCUAACUUUUGGAAUGCAGCUAGCGUGCACUAGUGUGAAGCUGCAGUUUUAAAUUGUGAAAGUUAAGAGUUUACGAUGUCUUCAACCUUCAAACAUUGAAUUUCAGCAGAAUCUUAUCUGCAUUAGGCUGUUUGCAGUGUGCAGCUAAGAUUUCAGAAUGUUAUAACGGUGAUUAGGCAUGUUAUAACUAAGUUUAGCAUGCUAACCUGUAACGUAGGUGUAUUUAAAUGACGUGAUAUGUUUUUUUUCUGUAUAUAUUUUCUCCCCACAAGUUUGUUAGAGAGUCAAAAUUGGAAAAUUUCAAAACCAGUUUGGGACGAAGCCGAUCCAGACUCUAGAGAGUAAGGAACACAUUGCGUAGAGAACGAAUGUGGAGGCCGAGUUGAGACACAGGGAGAACAAAAGGCUUUGAGAUUGACUUCAGGGCAGUUGGAGACUUAAUGAUUUCAGUACCAAGUAGGAAAAAAAUGCCACAUUGCACUGCUGCACUGGCUGGUUCUCUCUCUCCGUAUCUUUCUUUCUCUCUUUAUCUCUCGAAAUCUCACUCGCUUUUCUUGCUGCAGGACUCUAUAACGAUACUGUGAUUGUGACUCUCUACUGUAGUUUUUCUGCUCUCUGUCCCAGUGACGACGAUGGCCGUUUGUUUGACCUUCUAGACCCUCCCGUCCCCUCCUCCCGCCAUCCCCUCCUCCCGCCAUCCUCGAUGCACUCAGAUUUUCCCCUGUUCUCUUAGCCAUGAAGAGGGACAACGAAGGGAUGCACAGUACAUCAGCGACUGAUGUUAUUCUCCGUUAAAGAGGCAAUUUUCAUUAUUGUUGUCAGUCUGAUUUUGGAUUUACAGCCGAUAAUUGCAACCGAUAACUUACCACCCUGAGUCUUCAGGCAAAACUGUUAGAAUUACCAGCCUUGUAAGUGGCCCUGGAUAAAAGCACCCAGGAAAGGAAGUAAAAUAUACAGUAGUAUAAAAUCAUAAUCGUUUACAGCUAAGGAACAUUAAUCAGUCAUGCAUCUUUGGCAUUUUAUCCUCUAUGCCAGACUUAGUGGUGGCUGCUGCGUCCUGUGGUAAACAAAAAUGUUCCAAAGCUGAUACGUUUAUCAGCUGAUACACGUCUGUACAUUUUCUACUGAAUAUCACCCGACCCUUUAAAUUACGAGGCCAUUAAAGAGUCAAAAUUUUAAUAUUUUAACAUAAGAGCUAACAGUGCUGCACACUGACCUGGCGUCGUAAGACUGACCUCACCCAAAUACCCCACACAAACCAGCGGGCUCUGUCCAGUGUGGUAGUUUAGAGGCUUUUGGCAGGUUUAGGCUGCAGUUUGAGUAGCUGGUGUUGGUAAAUAACAGUGCUGAAGUUAAUCUAUUUUAGGAGUCGCAACCCAAAUGUUAAGAAGAACCAUUUUGUCCUUUUAACAAAAUAGUUCAUCUUGGGAGCCACAACAAUUCAUGUCUAUUUUACCAUCAUGGCUAUAAAUAUGUCUCAGUAUGUGUUAAUGUCCUAGUAUAGGAUAAAAAUAUAAUAUAAAUGAAAACUCAGACUUACUUUGCUCUGCUUUAAGCUUUAGCUCAGCUAUAGCCGCUUUUCUCGCAUCUCCAGCAGGAAACUUUUCCACAAAAGUGUAAAACUGUAAAACGUCUCUCAACGUUCGACUUUUUAUGAGGCUGAAAUCAGCUUCUCGUUGCCAGCUUCUUAUCCGAAGUUUCCCGUUCCGCUAGCCCCGCCUACACUCGUAAAUUGUCACUUUGCUGUUGGGUUAUCCAUUUUGCAUUUUCACCAAAAAGGGUUCUUCUGUUGUUACAGCGUCAAGCUUUGGGUGCGAUAUAGAACCAUUUUCAAAAAGGUUCUGUAUAGAACCAUCUACAGCACAUUCUCCAUCAGUCUGAACAACCAUUUCAUGAUGCGAAGAACCCUUUAAUCAUGCAAAGGAUUCUUUGAGUGUUCAUGGUUCUGUAUAAAACCAUUUUCUUUGCUAAAGAACCCUUGAAGCACCAUCUUUUUUUAAGAGUGUAGUUAAUGUUUGCUUUUCACUGAACUACACAACUUAAUAUAUGGAUUAUAGUGUAAACUUGAGGUGAAAUACAAAGAAAUGUAGGUGUUAAUUAUUGGUUAUAAUUAUCGGCCCAGAGAUUCUGUACAGGUGCAUCCCUGAAGAAGAGCAGGAUGAAAGGGGAGGGGUAGAAUUGGUGACAAAAGCGAAGGAUGGAUGAGGGGAGGCGACGGUGAAAGCGUGAGGGUUGUGUGUGAUGAAUUCCCCCAUAAAUCAUUUUCCUCCAGAAAUGAAAUCCCCAACACACACAUACACACAAACACGCGCUGAAGUCUGAGCACUGCUUUGGGAAAGAGAGUUUGUGUGGUAGUAUGUACUGUGGGCAGAUUGUAAAACUAUAUCUAGAACUUUAGACCAGAAACAUGCCUAACUCAAAUACACGAUCGCAAACGACAGCGCUCGGCCGACGCGCUGCGAGUAAUAGAGUGCAAACCAGAAAGCGAGUGCGAUCAUUGUAAUCAAUACACCAAUAAUUAUAUCGACAGUUGAGGAGCGUCUACUGCUUUAGGGGACGUACAGACAAAACCAAAAGCCUGAGGAGAUUUAUGGUUAUUAUCAUUAACCAUAUGAUCCCGACAAACCCGCUGCCUGACCCAAAACAAAAAGAGAAGGUGUUUAACCUCUUAUGCUCGUGGGUAUAUUUCGUUUAUUCCAUCUGAAUUUACAUGCACAAAUCGUAAGGCAAAAUAUUCAG